GCAACAGUUCGAGCUGCAUCCCUACAGUCCGCUGGGGCCCGCUGCACCCUCUCCUUUCUCCUUCCCCUCCCUUUCCACGCCCCCCCUCCCCCCCGAUCACCCUCAGGGCGACUCCCCGGAGGCCUCCCAGUUCCCCCGCGUGCUGCCCCCGCUGACCGGCCUGCGCGACCUGAAGCUCCUAUCGAGGCUGGGAUCCUACGGCCUGGGUGCCGAGGAGCUGGAGGCGCUCGCCGCCGCCGCCUGCCCGCAGCUGCAGCGGCUGCAGGUGGAACUGUGUCCCGAUGGCGAGGAGUUCGGGCCGCGGGGGGCGGAGGAGGUGCUGCGGGCGAUGACGAGGCUGCGGGGGCUGCGCUGCCUGCAGCUGGAUUUCACGGCGAUCAGCCUGGGGGCGGAGGUGGUGGAGGCGCUGCGGGAGCUGCGGGAGCUGCAAGAGCUCAGCCUGGUAGUGAACGACCCCGAGCACCUGGCCGACCUCUUCUCGCUGCCCGCCCUGGAGCGCCUGAGCCUGCACUACCAGAGCUUUGACAUCCCGGCACCGUACGACUUGGGGCCGCCGCCGCCGCCGCCGCCGCCGCGACUGCAUGAAGACGACGAAGACGAGUGGGACAGCGAAGAUGAUGAGGACAGCGAGGACGAGGGCCCCGAGCAGACCGACACCGUCACGUGCCUGACGCUGGCGAUGAGCAUGCUAGCUCAGCUGGUGCGGGGAACCGCAAAGCGGCCGGUUCUGCUGUCCCUGGACGUGUCAUGCUGCGUCGUGAAUGCGGAUUUGCUGGCUCGGCUGGCGUUGUUAACCUCGCUGACGUCCUUGAGUAUAGAGGAAUGUCGAUGGACGAGGGUGCCAGACCAGAGCGGGGCCGACUACAUUGAUGCGGCAGCCAUACGGCAACGUCGUACUCGGCCUUGGAUCGUGCUGACGAGCUUGACCAGGCUGACAUCCCUGCACUUGCAAAUCAACGGAGCGCCUCCCAUUCCGGAAAGUGACGUCACGGCGCUUGCGGCUGCCCUGACUGGCCUCAGGUCGCUCAAGGUGUUCAAUCCGAUGCAUCGGGAUUGGCAGCCGCGCCUGCCGCCGGUGAACUUCAACGCCUACGUGUCCAACUGGCGGCAGCUGGAAUCCCUGGUGCUGUGCAGUCCCUUUCCAUACGACCCACGGGUCACGCUCGACGCGGCGCUCCUGCCGCCCAGCCUUACCAACCUCGGCCUAGCCCACCUGACCCUUACCAGGGGCUCCUCCUCCUGCUGCGCCACUGCAGCAACUAGCGAGGCAGCUGGCGACAAGUCCUCCUCCUCCUUCGAGGCACCAGCGAUGAUGCCAGGCGCGGGCACAACAGAGCAGCAGCACCACCACCACCACCACCACCACCACCACCACCAGCAGCACCAGCAGGCCGCCGCCUUCCCACCCGACAGCAGCAGCGAUGCCCCCAGCGGACCUGCAUCCAGCCUGCCGGCCCUCCCUGCGCUCGAGAGCCUGGCACUCAAGUGUGUCCGGCUGGGGUCCGGCGUGUCGCUGGGGGCGUUGCUUGGCGCCGCACCGGGCCUGCGGAGUCUGGGGGUCCGCAAUCCGCUGCCCAGGCUCACUGACAGCUGCUGCGCGGCGUUCUCCGCCCUAACAGCCCUCACCACGCUGCGUGUGGAGCAGGCGGCGAGUGCGUACGACGCGAUGAUGCAAGCCGAGGCAGGAGCUCCGGCAUGCGAGCAGCGCCAGGACAGUGGAGAAGAGCAGCAGCAGGAGGGGGCAGACGAGCGGGAGGGGGCUGCUGAUGGGGCUUCAUUGGAGGGUACCGGCAGUGAGGGUAGUUACUAUGACGGUGAAUGGUUGUCGGGUGCUGGUCUGACGGUGCUCACCGGGCUCCGAAACCUGAGGCAGUUGCAGUGGCUGCCGUACGCUGGUGAGCAAGUACGACCGGAGCAGGUGGAGGUGCUGUCGUCGCUGCAGCGGCUGCAGCUGCUGACGCUGCCGUCUUAUGAUGUGAAUGAUGACAUGGGGAGGGUGGUGCUGGAGACGGUGCGGGAGAAGAUGCCUCUUUGCGAUGUUAUCAAGUUUAGGCGAGGAUUCAGUAUGGAAGGCGAGGACGUGGAUGAGGAGACGGAGGAAGGGUCUUCUGCAUGACGAGCGCGUGACGUUGCGACAUGCGAACAAGUUCCAUAACCGGCUCUGGUGUCCGAUGUUAGGCGGGAAGUACGGCUGUUGUCCGCGUGGGGUCAUAGCGGCGGUCAUGUUUUUCAUGCAAGACGGACGAAGGAAGGUCGCAUGUUGAAAGAGUAUGUGAAAUACUGGCGGCAACAUGUAAAGAGUGUUGUGCA